AAAAAAGGGGUAGGGUGGGAGAUGGAGCAAGGACAAGGAUACCUCGAAAGGCUUUUGAAAUGGGCAGCAGAGAUUGGAAUAUCAGACUCAACUUGUUGCGGGGAUUCGUGUUUGGGUCACUCUCUCGACGUCUCCUACUUUCCUAGCGCUGGCGGGAGAGGUUUGGGGGCUGCCCGUGAUCUUAGAGAAGGAGAGUUACUUCUCAAAGUUCCAAAAUCAGUUUUGAUGACAAAGGAAAGUCUGUUAUUGAAAGAUGAAAAACUCUCCCUUUCUGUCAAUGAUUAUGCCCAUCACUCUCUGUCCCCUACCCAGAUAUUGGCUGUUUGUUUACUCUAUGAAAUGGGUAAAGGGAAGAUUUCAUGGUGGCACCCUUACCUUAUGAAUUUACCGCGCAGUUAUGACAUUUUAGCAACUUUUGGUGAAUUUGAGAAGCAAGCUCUGCAAGUGGAUGAUGCUAUCUGGGCUGCUGAGAAGGCCACAUUGAAGGCUGAAUAUGAGUGGAAAGAAGCUAAUGCGCUUAUGAAACAACUUAAGCUCAAGCCUCAACUUCUGACCUUUAAAGCCUGGCUUUGGGCUUCUGCAACUAUAUCCUCAAGGACAUUGCAUAUACCAUGGGAUGCAGCUGGGUGCUUAUGUCCUGUGGGAGACUUGUUUAAUUAUUCUGCACCUGGAGAAGAGCCAUCUCGUUGUGAAAGUAUGGAGCAUACAAUGCAUGACUUAGUGAAUGAGGAUACUUCGGGUAUGGCAGAUGUGGAGCAGCUUGUUUCUGAUUCACGAAGAUUAACUGAUGGAUGGUUUGAGAAGGAUGUUGAUGCAUAUUGCUUCUAUGCUAAGAAAAGUUACAAAAAAGGAGAGCAGGUCCUUUUAAGCUAUGGAACGUAUACAAAUCUGGAGCUUCUUGAGCACUAUGGCUUUCUCUUAAAUGAAAAUCCAAAUGACAAAGUUUAUAUUCCCUUGGAACCUGAAAUAUAUUCGUCCUGUACGUGGCCAAAGGAGUCAUUAUUCAUCCAUCAGAAUGGGAAGCCAUCUUUUGCGCUACUGUCUACUUUGCGAUUAUGGGCAACCCCACAGAACCAGCGGAGGUCUGUUGGACACCUUGUUUAUUCAGGACUCCAGCUCUCAAUUCAAAAUGAGAUGUUUAUCUUGAGAUGGAUUUCAAAGAAGUGCACUACCAUUUUGAAGAAUCUGUCAACAUCUUUUGAAGAUGAUAGUUUGUUAUUAAGUGCCAUCGACAAAAUCCAAAAUCUUGAUGCCCCUUUGGAGCUCAACAAUGUGUCAUCCACUUGUGGAGAUGAGAUUUGUGCUUUUAAAGCUAAUGUUCUGCAGAAGGGAGAAAGAAGUAGUAUGGAGUCAAAGGAGAGGUGGAGAUUAGCUGUGGAGUGGAGGCUUAGUUAUAAGAAGAUCCUGGUCGAUUGCAUUUCUUAUUGUGACGAAAUAGUAAGUUCUCUAUUUCAUCAAAAUAACUCAUCCCAGAAAUGAAAUACGUCCAUUUUUUUUAUAUUGUUAUUUUUGUUGUAUGCGGCUGGUUAGGAGAAGAUAUUGACAUGAGGUAUAUUGAUAAAAUCUUGGGUGUUAGUUUCUUCCUGUACAUUGAGUCAAGGGGUAGAGGUUAGAGAGAAACUUAGGCAGUGAUUGAUCAAUGUCCAAAAGUCACCCCAUAGUUGAUCCGAUUCUUGGUUUUGAGAGUAUUCGAUUAUUAUGAACCAAAAAAAUAAAAAAAAAGUAUCCGAUUACAAAUUUUGAUGCGGAGCAUUAAUUUCUCAACCUUGUACUCACUCACCAGCCACAACCUUCGUCUGCCUCUCUCUUCUUAUACCAUUGGAUUCUUGAUUUCUUUUAUUCUUCAAAAACCUAUAUUGAUUUCGUCUUGUAAACUUCACGGAGGUGUCUCUCUACAUUGUAUGGAUUAUUUUGCAUUACAGUUUGAGAAACCCGCUGCAACCACGGGCGUUGGCAGUUCCAUUUUUGUGUCAGUUUGGCCAACUUAUGCGGUUUAUGCAACGACUGAUUCUCUUUAAAAUUGUGUAUGUCCACGAUAAUGUCACUUCUCACAAGACUCGUAGUUCAUUUUUUCAAUGGUCACUCAGAUUUACUCUUUAUUUUCAUUCAAUACAGGUACAGAUUUAUAUUU